UCUCGGCCCUCCAAACCCGCCGUGGAUACGGUUAGCCACGCCUUCUCGCUCCUACCACUCUCAGGGGCCCCAUUAGCGUUCCGGCGCUAUGGCAACGGAGUCUGUCUGGCGCGUUCCGGGCCUAGCCAAGCAACGCGUCCUAUGAAGGGCCGGAAUAGGAGGGUCCCGCCCGUCCGCCCCUCAUUCCCUCUUCAGCCUGCUCUUCUCAUCUGGCGGCUGACAGACGAGGCGGCCUUAUGGCGCCCUGCAAGGGUUUCGUUUGCGUUCUGGAGCUGCAUAUCCGCACGCACUUCCGGAAGACUACCAGGAGAGGGUUAAUAUAGCUUCAAGUGGGAACCAUUCCAAGCAUAGAUGUGAUUACAGAAAACAAUGACUUAUUUUGCAAAAGUGGGGAACCACCCAUGGUUUAUCCCAGUAUAAAUGGAUAACAUGCCCAGGUGUUACAUUGAAAUCCAGAGAAGAUGUCUAUGUCAGUGCAUGUAUUUUGGGGCAGCAUAAGAAAACUUCAUGUGUUCGUGCAAUAUUUCCCCUGAUAUUUGAUGAGAAAUUAAUGUUUGAAAAAGUAUAUACUGAUGUAGUUGACCCAGGAGAUCUUGUUGAACUUUUUGAAACUGAUACAUCAGUGGUUCACUUAAUACAAACUGUUCCUCCAGUGGGAGAAAUUUUGGCCAGAUAUGAAGAAAAUACAAGGGAUUUCCUUUUUCCUGCUCCUAAGUUUAUCCAUCAACCACGAAAUUCAGUUCGUGAGGUUUUAAUGAAAAAGGCCUACGAUUUUACAGGAAUUGCACCAAAAUUGAAGUUUCACACAACUUGUGUUAUUUCAGAAAGUCUGUUAAAUUCAGCAAAAGCUCAGAAGCAGAAACAGGAUAAUUUAGAUGGGCUGUUUCAUUCAUCUACAGAAGGAAUGCGACAGAUCAAAUCUUCAAAGAAGAACACAGCUUCACCUGACAGAAACAGGCCCUGUUUAGCAACAAAAAGUUAUGAGCAACCCACAAUAGCAUCUGUUUCUCGAUCUCCUUCUCCGUAUACAAAAAGACGUAUGUGUGAGCUUCUGAAAAUCAGACAACGCCUGGCUCACUUAGACCUAGGGCCUUUUGAUUUCAGGAAGGAAACAGACAGACCUCCAUUUGUAAUUCGUCGUGUUGAAGAGUUGACUCCCUCACCUGAUGUUCAUACUUGGUGUCAUUCUAAGAACAAUAACAAAGAAGGAGCAGCCUAUGAUCCUAGCCUUCUUGGCAGUUACAGACCCAAAAAUAAAAUUAUUGGAUCGCAUCAUGAGAAAUACUUUGAUUAUUUUCCCGAUGCCUAUGAGGAACACUUGUUCACAAAAAUGACCAGUAGGCAGGUUUAUUCAGAUCGACUGUUAAUGCAUUCAGCACCUGCAUCAUUGCCGAAAUUUUUUUCAACUCCUAUGUUAGAUCGCUCAUCUCUUAGAGAAAGGUAUUAUACAGGUUGGAACACACCAAUAAAUGGGGACGAGAUUCAUAAACGAGUGAAAAAUAUUUUAAGGACGCACAGUGCAAGGCAAAAGCUAACAUUUGAUGAAACUUCUUUGUCAAAGGAAGAGUCUGCUAAGACAAGAGACUCCACUAGGACAAUUGAUUUCGGAAAAAGAGAUUUUUCACAUACAGAUUCUUUAAACACUAAUUUUCAAAACAGUUCAUUCAGCCAGCCAAACGUGAUGGUUCAUUUGGAUAAUGAUGAAUAUUGGACCAGUCAAGUUGCGGAGUAUAAAAACAAGCCCCACAGAGCCAUCUUUGAAGACAGCCUGGAAAAAAUCUAUCGAAACAUGUACAGAAAAGCUUCCAGCUCACUUUCAAAGAAUAAAUCAAACUAAAUUCCUAAUAAGUGCUUUAGGUGAAAAUGAACAGUGUACAAGAUCAGUAUUUUUUAAUUACGAAGAGUCUAAUGACUGUAUUCUAUUUUUUAACGGAACUGUUUUUACAUAAGUAUGUGAAAUUUCUAAGGCUGGGAUUUUCAAUAUAAAAAUAAAAUCUGGAUGAUUUUUAUUACAA